AGCACCUUGAUCUCGUCUGCGUAGUGCUGAAGGAUGAGUGAUGCCAGCUAUGCCAGUUAUCCGUUAAAAAGCCUAAAAUUAAGUAGCAAACCUGAUUAAACCAUAUGUUUACUAACUAUAGAUAAGUAGCCUACAUAUGCAUCUAAGCGUAGGCUAUAUAAGUACUUUAUUUGUCGUAAUGGGCAACCACGAAGUUGUGAAAUCGCUGGAUAUAAUGGGAGACAGUAACCAGAGUGGUGUAACCAACAGAUCAAUCAGUGAUCGCGAGCGCUUUAAAAGCCUAGAAGACAUCGAUGUGUCCGCCGACGGGAGUCCGGUGUUGAGAUGCAUGAUCUCCAUCACCUACUCUGUGGUUUGCGUCGUAGGUCUGAUCGGGAACCUGUUGGUGUUCUUUUUUAUUCGCGUGAGACAAGAGAGACGCAUAUCCAAAAUAAACUUUUUCAUCCUCAAUUUGGCAGUAACGGAUUUCCAGUUUGUGUUGACUUUGCCUUUCUGGGCCGUGGACACGGCGCUGGACUUCAGCUGGCCGUUUGGUGACGCCAUGUGUAAGAUCAUCCUGUCGGUGACCGUGAUGAACAUGUACGCGAGCGUCUUCUUCCUGACCGCGAUGAGCAUCACGCGGUACUGGUCAGUGGCUUCCGCUCUGAAGGACCGCAGCAGACAGAGCAGCUGCUCCAUCAGGUGGGUCAGCGUCGUCCUGUGGUCCCUGGCCACCGUGGCCACCGCGCCAACAUCCAUCUUCUCCACAGUCACGAACGUGGCCGGCGAAAAACUUUGUUUAUUGCGGUUCCCCGAGGGACAGUAUUGGUUGGCAGUCUAUCAUCUCCAGAAAAUACUAAUCGCUUUUAUUUUGCCGAUGGCGAUAGUCUCGAUCAGUUACCUGCUGCUGUUGAGGCUCAUCCGACAGCGGAGCAUGAAGAACAGCUCAAAACGAAGAACGCAAGUCACAAAGUCCGUCACCAUCGUGGUCUUGUCGUUCUUCCUCUGCUGGAUGCCCAAUCAUGCCAUCACUUUUUGGGGCGUGCUGGUGAAAUUCAAUGCUGUGAACUGGGAUAAGUCGUACUAUAUCGUUCACACAUAUGUGUUUCCUGUGACUGUGUGCCUGGCGCACGCGAACAGCUGUUUAAACCCACUUAUUUACUGUCUUAUGCGCAGAGAGUUCAGGAAAAAACUGAAGGACCUGUUUCUCCGAGUCUGACAAACAGGUGCCUGUGCAUGCGACUCUGUCCAUUGGAACAAAUGGUAUUUCCUUGUUUAAAGGGUUAUUUAUUUCAAAUUUGACUUUCAGACAUAUUUACCCAACCUCUUGUUUUUCCAAGUCUGCAUGAGUUUAUUACCUCAGUGGAGCUCAAAAUGGAUGUCAGUUCACAGGUUUGGGACAACAUGAGGGCAAUUUGGAAGAUUUGCAAAGACACAUCUGCUGCUGUUUACCGUCACACUCACACAGGAGCCUUUUAAUGGACAUCCGGCACAGAAGUGAUGCUCUCGAUGAUGUUCUGGUGAUUAUGAUAUGUCACACUCCCGUGUUUAGUCUGUGGAGGUCAACGGAUUGUGAGGAACAGUAUGGGCACCAGUGAAUCUUUUUUUGGACAAAGAAUAUUUUCCUACCAAAGACCAAACCAAAAGUAUCCUUUAAAAGCAAAACAGUAGGCACUAUUAUUUCUCCUAUUAUUUGGCUACUCUCAUUUUAUAUGUGCACUUAAAUGUCAUUUGAAUACUGUUUACAUAUUUAGUAAUAGAAACAAAACCCAAAACAGUGUUUUCUGUUUGUGUACACAUUGUGAGUCUAUUCAAAGCAGCCCAUAUGUUUCGACCAGUACCAUUAUUGCUGCUAUAACAAAUUUUCCAUGUGCUUUGCCUUUUUCAUGAGCUGUGGUCACAUUUCUUGUUUGGAGGUAUGGAGCUGACUACCGAACCUUAAUA